GCUCCUGGGUGUGUCGCUGUGCCACGCAUCACAACACCUCCAGCACCUCAGCUACAUCCCCGCCUCACUGCGCUCGCUCGUGAGGUUCUGGUGACGGUCAGGGCUCACACCCGACGACAGCGACCGCGACAGCUCAGGGACCCCAACGCGCAAAUGGCUGCCAACGCGACAAGCUCGCCCCUGGCGAGCAUCAAGUACGGUGCCGCCAACGUGGCGCCCCAGCUCGAAUAUGUUAUCGACUAUGUCUCCAAGGCGAGCACGUGGAGCAUUCUCGCGACUAUCCUCGCGACUCUUGUCGUCUACGAUCAGCUCGUCUACAUCUGGAACAAGGGGCCGAUUGCCGGUCCGGCUUUCAAGAUACCUUUCAUCGGGCCCUUCCUCCAGUCCGUGAACCCCAAGUUCGAGGAGUACUACGCCAAGUGGGUGAGCGGUCCUCUCAGCUGCGUCUCGGUCUUCCACAAGUUCGUGGUGAUCGCGUCGACCCGUGAUAUGGCCCGGAAGGUCUUCAACUCGCCCGCCUAUGUCAAGCCCUGCGUCGUCGAUGUCGCCCACAAGCUGCUCGGUGCCGACAACUGGGUGUUCCUCGACGGCAAGGCCCACGUUGAGUUCCGCAAGGGAUUGAACGGCCUCUUCACCCGCCGCGCCCUCGAGAUCUAUCUGCCGGGCCAGGAGGAGGUUUAUAACCGGUACUUCAAGGAGUUCGUCGAGAUCACCAAGCAGGCCGGUGGCAAGCCCGUCCCCUUCAUGACGCACUUCCGCGAGGUCAUCACGGCCGUCUCGUGCCGCACGUUUGUCGGCCACUACAUCUCGGACGACGCGGUCAAGAAGAUCGCCGACGACUACUACCUGAUCACUGCCGCGCUCGAACUGGUCAACUUCCCCAUCAUCAUCCCCUACACCAAGACGUGGUACGGAAAGAAGGCGGCCGACAUGGUGUUGGCCGAGUUCGCCCGGUGCGCUGCGAAGAGCAAGGCCCGGAUGGCUGCUGGCGGCGAGCCCAACUGCAUUAUGGACGCCUGGGUUCUCCAGAUGAUCCAGUCCAAGAGGUGGCGCGAGGCGGAGGAGAAGGGUAGCACUGAGGGGCUUGAGAAGCCGGCCCACUUGCUCCGCGACUUCACCGACUACGAGAUCUCUCAGACGGUCUUCACGUUCCUCUUUGCCUCGCAGGACGCGACGAGCAGCGCUGCCACCUGGCUCUUCCAGACCAUGGCCCAGCGCCCCGAUGUCCUGGAUCGUGUGCGCGAAGAGAACCUGAAGGUCCGCAACGGGGACAUCCACGCCCCCGUCAACAUGGACCAGCUCGAAUCCAUGGCGUACACUCGUGCCGUCGUUCGCGAGCUGCUGCGUUACCGCCCGCCCGUUCUUAUGGUCCCCUAUGUCGUCAAGAAGCCGUUCCCCAUCACCGACACGUACACCGCUCCCAAGGGAUCGAUGGUCGUUCCCACGACGUAUAUGGCUUUGCGUGACCCCGAGGUGUACGAUAGGCCUGACGAGUUCGAUCCGGAGCGCUACUACACCGGCGACGCCGAGGUCAAGGGCGCCAAGAACUACCUCGUUUUCGGUACCGGUCCUCACUACUGCCUUGGACAGCACUACGCUCAGCUCAAUCUCGCUCUCAUGAUCGGAAAGGCGUCGCUCCUGCUCGACUGGAAGCACCACCCGACCCCCAAGUCAGAGGAGAUCAAGGUGUUUGCGACCAUCUUCCCAAUGGAUGACUGCCCCCUGACGUUUGAGGAGAGGAAGUGGUAGGUGGGAAGCGGCAACACAGAAUGGACGAGCGGUGCCCCCGCGGUGGAUCUAGAGGUUAAUUGAAGGGGGAUGGUGUGCGCGGAUGAUGGGACCGCAAGGAGUCGCAUCAACGAAGGGUAACGACAUGCUUUCGUAUGGUCGGUUUGGACAGAGUUGAGGUCUGCAUGGUCAGGAGGAACGUGAUCUGGAAACCGGCCAUGCCCGGCCAACGACCUAUACCAAUUGUAAUCUUUAGUCUGUACAUAAUAACCUUGGACCGCUCAUGGUCCAAUGAGACGAUACUCGAGCGGGAUGAACAAUCUGAUCGCUCACUCUUCACAGAG